AACGUCCGUGCCUCCGUGGUGGCUCGCAGUACCGGCUUACACUUGGCCAGUUAUUCCGCCGCCCGCUGUCGCCGCGAUCUGUCCGCUACCCGCCCGUCAAGUGCCUUUCGAUAGACAACAUGGUCGUAUUUUAGAGUGACGGUUAUUUUGUGUCGUAGUUUUUAGAUUAUUUAACUUUUUGACGUACUAAAUAUUUUUUAAGCAAAAUGGCAGUGAUAUUUAUUAAGUUUUUUGAUGUGAUUCCGGUGCGCUUCAACUUGUGGGUGAUGCUGUUUACAAGUUGCUGGGUGGUGUAUAUGCUUCGAGUCAACAUGAGUCUCAACCUCAUUGCAAUGGUCCCGCAAGCGUCACAUAAUUCUACAUCACGGUCUCAAUGUGAACCAAAGAAUGAUGUGUUGACAAAUGAAACUCUUCGUCAUGUAGACGGAAUCAAUGUCCACGCUUCUCCUGUGAAGCAGGUUCCUGGUGGAGCAUCGUUCAACUGGUCUGGGGAGCAACAGGCGCUGAUCUUGGGCUCGUACUUCUGGUGCUACCCAGUGACGUCACUGGUCGGGGGCAUGGCUGCCGAACGCUGGGGCCCGCGCUACGUGGUCCUCGUCACGUCCUUCGCCAGUGCCAUAUUGACAGCAUUGAGUCCAGUGGCUGCCAACCUAGACUACAUAGCUCUGGUUGUUAUAAGAUUUUUCUUAGGCUGUGCUGGGGGAUUUAUUUAUCCGGCGCUCCACGUGCUUGUGGCGCGAUGGGCCCCACCAGCAGAAAAAGGAAAAUUUGUUAGUGCUAUGAUGGGCGGUACCCUGGGUACAGUUAUCACUUGGUCUCUCACUGGGCCGCUAAUGGAAAAAUUUGGAUGGGCAUCAGCAUUCUACGUACCAGCUGCCCUCACACUAGUUUGGUGCUUUUUCUGGUGGUACCUCGUAGCUGAUACUCCAGCGGAACAUCCUAGGAUUACAGAAGCAGAAAAAAAUUAUAUAUUAGACGCAUUAGGAGACAAGGUCAAGAAAUCAAAGGGAUUGCCGCCGUUCAAAAGUAUUGCAACAUCAUUCCCGUUCUUGGCUAUGGUUAUUCUACACUACGGCAAUCUUUGGGGCUUGUACUUUAUAAUGACAGUCGGACCUAAGUUCGUUUCUAGUGUACUGGGAUUUGAAUUAUCAGCUGCUGGAGUGAUAUCUGCUCUUCCAUACUUAGCAAGACUGAUGUUUGCAACGAUAUUUGGAGUGGUUGGAGAUUUCAUAUUAGCGAGAAAAUUAAUGUCUACGACCAUUAUAAGAAAGUUCUUCUGCCUCUUCUCUCAUAUCCUACCUGGAGUCUUGCUAGUAUUAUUGGUGUAUGCUGGAUGCUCUACGGCUUUAUCAGUAACCCUAAUUACGAUGUCGAUGGGAUUCAAUGGAGCGGCAACGUUGACCAACCUGCAGAAUCAUCAAGAUCUGGCGCCGAACUAUGCAGGCACUUUGUAUGGAAUUGCUAAUUGUGUUGGCAGUACAGCUGGUUUCUUCACGCCCAUGAUAACGGCAUACUUUACAAAGACUGGAAACAGUUUCGAGAGUUGGCGUCCAGUUUUCUUCGUAGGAGCAUCAGUUUAUAUCAUUUCAGCGUUAUUCUUCAUAUUCUUCGGAACAGGAAACAUUCAAUCCUGGAACUUCGCCCCCGAGGAUAAAGAUGUGAAGGAAGAUAAAAUUAAUGGCGAUCUCAAGGAAAUGAACAGUGCGCCAAUCAAAAACGGUGAUUCCAAAGAAAUAAAAGAAACUUCUCUAAACGUUGCCAAGUAAAUGAGAUUAUUACGUUAGCAAGUGUGACUAGCAUUAUGACAUGUAUCAGUUCCGAACACAGACAUGACAAUGCAGAAGUUGUACCAUGUACCGCAAAUAUGUUAUAAAUAAUUAGAUAGGUACUAACUGUAUUGACGGAAUUGAAAUUAAUAUAUUUUUCUCAUUAUAUGUAUAAUCCGAACUACUUAGGUAUACAGACUGAUGAUAAAGGAGUAUGCCGAAGUACCUAUCAUGUGCCUUUAAUUAAGUAAAAUUAACGAAUGUUGGGCAUACAAUGGCAACUUGGGGACCGCUUCUGAUAGAUAAGCUCUUAUGUACAUGUAUGACACAACUGUAACUGAACUGUGAAAAAAUGCUGCCAAUGUUAAUGGCAAUAUUAAUACUAUUCCAUUGUAAGCAAUUUUAUCAUUGACUUAUUUAUUUUCUGUACUUACCUUCAUUUGUGUACUUAGUUAUUAAUGUUAAAAUUACAAUGACGUAAAUCUUAAAUAAUGUAAAUGCAAUGUAAUUGCUGUGAUCUUUAUUGAAAAUGUAAUGAUAAUACUUAUUAUUCGUAUGACAGAUAGGGUCAAGCCCAGUGGUAAUAUUAAAUUAUUCAUCUAAAGAAUCCUCGCAGUAGUUUCGCCUUUUAGGUCAUGGAAUUGUAUACUUAGUGGUACUUUCUGCUGCGUGGCAACUGACAACUUUUUAAUCUUGCCUUUUGUAAAACGAUGACUCUAUCUAAUAUGCAAUGUCUUACGUGUAAUAUUCAUAAGCCAAAAGAUGUUGAGAUUGAUAUGGUUCGUUCUAUUCUGGGGAAUUUUGUAAAUCUUAAUGUUAACUUAAGUUUCCUUUCCGACGGCGAGCAUCUCUUCUUCUAGAGUAACAGAGGAUAGAAAUGUAUAAGAUUGUUUCCGAAGUAACAGAUGCGCCUAGGGCGACGUUAGUCCAUACAUUUCCACACUGUGACUAAAGCUACGUACAGAUUAGGCGAUCCCGCUAAGCGCAAUAGUUGGGUACCAACAAUCCGACUAUAAAAUUUGAGCACGCGUAUUGACACCCGCGAGCCCCAUUCAAAAUUUGUCAAAGCGUAACCAACUAUGCUUAGAUUGUUGGAACGUCCAAUCCGUGCGUACCUUAAUGACGCAUUCGCUGUCGCCUGUAUACCUACGUCUCCGCGCGCUUGCUGUUUGUCAUCUCAUAGAGCAGCACUUCGAGAGAUGGGUCAGCUGUCUCACGCUUGGGAGAUGGGUACGCUCGUGGGUGACCGGGCACUCGACCUACAAAAGUAUUGAACGCGCUACGUUAAGCUCGUAGCGGACGCCCGCUUAAAUCAGUGAAGGGGCAUAAGGGAAUCCUUACGGAGUAACAUGACAUGACAACUGUACAUUCGAAAAUACACAAAUGGGUGGAAAUUAUUUGCUAUCAAUCUGGUUAAUAAAUAAUUCCAUUCAGUUUUAGAAAUUAUAUUUGAAUAGUGACUUUAUCUAGUUAUUUGACAUUUGAUAACUUUUACUGCUAUUGACAUGAAAUGUUUAAUUAUUUUUAUUUAGAAACACCAUGAAUCAUAAAAUAAACUUAGAUUGUGU